AUGUGGCAAGAACAAAAUAGAAUUCCGAAAAUAGAAAGACAAGUCAAUCAUUAACAUGCCCCUCCAGAUUCCUUUUAAGGAUCAUUGAGUGAUUCAAGUAUUUGCAAUGUUGAUGACACCUGUAGAGAACAACAAGCUAUUGAAAUUAAACAAGUGACGUUGCAAAAUUUCCAAUCAAAUAAUAUCGAAAUUGUUUUACCCAAAAAGAAAGAGAAAAUAUUUAGUUCAAAAUUAAAAACCUGCUUUGUUGAUCAAUAAUAUGAAGAAAAUUUUAUAGUCAAUAAAAUGUAAACAGGAGUUUCUGAACACAUAACAAAAAACCCAUUUUAAAGCACUCAAUAACCAAUUAGAAAAUUGAGUGACAUACCGAGUGUUACUGAUAGGGAAUCAUACUCUAGACAAAAUAGUUAAAUCGAUUUACAUUCAUAAAAAGAAUCAAAACAAAAUAUCAAUUCAAUCAAAUAAGUUCCCAUUGCUGGUAAAAUUGAUAGAUCCAAAGUUGCUGCUAGCUAUAGUUAACUGGCUUCAAAGUUAUACUAUGCUGAUUAAUCUCCUUAAAUCAUCAAUAACCCACAGAAACUAUAACAAAAGGCUCUAAUUGUUCACUAAUCGUUGAAUAAACUCAAUGUGGCUCAAAGUAAUUUAUAGUCUUCUCUAAAUAUUAACAAUUGUUCGCCAAAAUCUUCUAAUUAAAAAUAUGUAUUGUCUGAAUAAAGCGAGUGCUUUUAAGAUUUACUCAAAGAUAAAAAGCAACCCCAAUAAUCAACACAAUAAUCCCAAACCUAAUAAGACUAAUCCCAUCGAUAAAUUGAAAAAAUCUUAUCUGACAAUGAGAUUCUUUUUAAAUAAGUUAAUAAUGGCAAAUAAUAAAUCUUUACUGAAGGUAUAAAAAGCGAAGCCAAUAUACUCAGACAACCAAUAAUUGCAUUUAAGAAACACAACACAAUCGUUAAUUUCAAACAUGUUAUUUAGAGCAUGCUUAAUAAUGAUGUCUCUAAAUUCUAAAUGCUAAUGAAAGAUAGUAAAUUUUCCUAUCUAAAUCAACAUGACAUCUUAGGCAAUACGAUUCUAAUAACUGUAAUUAAAUUAUAUGGAUUUCACAAAAAAUAUGACGAAUUACUGAAAGAAGUAUUAAAAAUGAAUCCAGAUCCUUUUAUCAAAAAUAAACUAACUGGAUGGUCAGCUAUGGAUGAAUCCCUUUCUUAAAGAUCAAUAUAUGCAACGGCCUUAUUAUUUCAAUAAUGUUAUAGGAUUAAAAGAAAUGAGUUUGUAAACCAAUUUUAUCAAUUGUCAACCGUAUUAUAAUAGGUUCCCAAUUUUUAAUUAGAUAUGAAUUGGAAUUUUGACAGUCCCUUACCCUUCAUUAAAUUGUUGGCUCCUAAUGACACCAUUAAAUUAUACAAAUAUAAAUAAUAAUUGAGAUUGGAUAGUACACUUGUAGGUUUUUCGAAACUGUAAUGCAAACGAAGAAACAUGUCUCUGUUGUUUAAACAAAAUAAAUUAUAUUAAAUUAAUAGAUCCAAUCAAUUUUACACAGAUCCAUUAGAGGAAUUAGAUACUGAAGAGAAAAAAUUAAUUAUAUAUGAUAUUUUACACAGUGAACCAGUUAGCGGAGCAUUGGAUAUAACCAGUUGUACAAUCAAAUAGUGUGUGGACUGGAGAGGCAGAAAGAUAAUUGAAUAAGUAGGACAAUAUUCUUGUGAGAAAUAGAGAUUUGAUUUAAAGAUCACAUAUAAAAGUUCUUAUUUGAAGAAAAAUAAUGAUACUCAAAUUAAAUUUGCUGUCGAGAGAGAGCUCUAUGAAGAGUGGAUAUUAAACGAUGUCUCACCUAAUACGGAUUUGCUAUUAAAUUAGAAACCUAAGGAAUAGAAUGAAACUAGAACAAUAUCCCUUUGGAUUUGCAAGAAUCAUUCACUUCAAUUUAAGGAUUUUGCCAACAUUGUGUCUCUAUUGGCCAAAGGAAAUCAUUUAAUGGAAAAAUUAAAUGGGUUGUUUCAACGACCAGAGAUGCAGGAGAUUAUUGAAUUGAAUGGAUUUCCAAUUAAGGUGCAGAUACCCUUUCAAUUUUCAAUACAUGCUACAAUUUAAUGCUGCAAUUUUGUAUCUUUAGAAAAUGCUGAAGAGUUGUUUACUAUCCCGAAUAUUAAAUAUUUGCCUAGGAAGGAGGCAUAAAAAAUACUUCAGACGAAAAAAAAGAGAUUAUUGCUGGCGAAUCUAUAUUUGUGA